AUGGACGGCAUGCACAUGGGGUGCAUGGGCGCGGUGGCACGGGCGCCACGCCGGCGGUGCCUGCCGUUGCUUGUCGCCGCCGCGAUCGCCGUGGCGUGCUGGUGGUGUGCAGGGAUGAACACCUGCGUUGCUGCUGCUCCCACAACGCCGCCCAUCAGGGCCGUCAAUCUUGGAGGGUGGCUCGUGGUCGAAGGCUGGAUUAAACCUUCUCCGUUUGGCGACAUACCAAACAACGUGCUCCUGGAUGGCACGCAGAUCUUCCUCAAGUCGUCGAGAAAGAACGCCUACUGGAGCGCCACGGGCGGCGGCGGCGGCGCGGUCGUCGUCGGAAAACAGACCGAGGCUUCGUCGUGGGAAACUUUCAAGAUCUGGCGACGGCCAGGCGCCACUGACUCCAUCAAGUUCAGGCUCCGUGUCUUGGGCGGCGGUGGCCAGUUCGUCGGCAUCGCCAAGGACGGCAGGACCGUGGUCGCCGCCGAGACCGACCCCAGAAACGAAACGCCCACGACUUCGAGAUCAUUGCCAAUGCCGACGGAAGCAAAGUCCGGAUAA